GGAAGUUCGUGGAAAAAGGUGGAAAAAUGUUUGGCUGCAUUUAUCAGCUAUGGGACUGGCUGGAAGCUCCACCACUUUUCACAGCUGGCACUAUGGACCCCAAAAAGCUGCAACAGUUGCAAGAGGCAGCUGCUUUGGCCCAGCAACAGAAAAAGCUGCCGCUGGCCUAUCAAACUAAUCUCAUUGACUAUCGCACACAAUCGUCGGCAGUGGCCGCAGCCUAUCAGCAGGGACUGUAUCAGCAAUCCCCAACAGCGACUAGUUCAAGUGGUGGUCCCCUCUCGCCGAUUGAUAUGCAACCGCAGGGCAAGCAUCAUGGUUUACUGAAGCAUGGUGGCCAUGGCGGCGGCAAUUCGAGCAGCUCGCACAGUUCACCAUAUCAUCAAUCAUAUUCGAGCAGUGGCGGAGCUGGCGAUCAAAUCUAUCAGUCGCCAACAGAGCGAACUUAUCUGGCGGCAGCUGGACGUCUGCAGGCCAGCAAUGCCACAGCCGGACAUCAUCCGAUAUCGGCGUUGCAGGCACAGUAUCAGCAGUUGCAACAUGCUAAAAUUCAGGCACAAAUUGCCACACAAAGUGAGGCGGCUCAGCAGCAGCAAAGGACAUUUGCCAUGCGUCAGGCAAUGAAUCCGCCAACAAAUCAUUAUCAGAUGAGCCAAUCAUCAAGCAUGGUGUCCAACAUUACCCUCCAGCAGCAGCAGCAACAGCAACAGCAGCAGCAGCAACAUCAACAUCAACAACAGCAACAGAGAGCUCCACCUUCCUCUCUCAAUAUACAAAAUCAAUAUCAACCAGCCCAGGGCCCAUUGAAAUUGCAACAGCAGAUGCCUAAGCAUUAUCAAGAGUUAUAUGCACAGCAACUGCAAUUGCAGCAGCAACAACAACAACAACAACUGCAACAUCAACAACAAUUGCAACAACAACAGCAGCAGCAGCAACAGUUGCAGCAUCGUCACAAGGCAGACCAACAAACGCCUGGAAGCGAACACGGACCCGUCUACAUUCAACAGAAUCAUCCUGGUCAUGUGGUUAAUCAAGCCUGCCAAACUCAAAUAUCGGCGGUUAAGCCCAAGGCUACACCCAGCUCGGAGGAAUCCUCUUCGACAUCCAAUUCCACCAAGAGUCCCAGUCAUGCGCCACUCGAUCGCAAGAAGAGCGCCGGAUCCAUACAGGCUCUGAAAUCGCCCAUAACCAAACGGCCACCAACUUCGCCUGUUACCCUGUCCGGUUGGCUGCACAAGCAGGGAUCCGAUGGCCUAAAGGUGUGGCGCAAACGUUGGUUUGUCCUGGCCGAAUACUGUUUGUACUAUUACAAGGGUCCCGAGGAGGAGAAAUUGUUGGGUUCGGUGCUUUUGCCAUCGUAUCGGGUGUCCGCCUGUUUGCCUGAGGAUAAAAUCUAUCGCAAGUUCGCCUUCAAGUGCGAACAUCAGAAUAUGAGAACCUAUUGGCUGGCAGCAGACAAUGCGGAGGCCAUGAUGCAGUGGGUUAGAGCUCUGGCGGCGGCCAGUCUGAUGCAGGCUCCUAGCAGUGGUGAAUCAGAGCCAAGUGUGAGUUCAUCUCUAAAUCAUAGUGGAGAGAAUUCGGACUCGGGCAUACACACAUUGCAAUCGCAGCCUAGCAAGGGACAGCCAACGCCCUCUUCGGAUAAUGCAGGUGGCAACACCACCGGCAACGGCAAUGGUGCUCAACCACUAUAUGCAAAUGCUCCACCCAAGCCGCGACGCAUUAAUGAUGGUGGUUACUCUUCCCCAUCACCCGAACAUAACGAACAACAGCAACAACAACACUCUAGUCGGCAUAUUAUGUCGCCGGCACAGUCAAUCUACCAGCAACAGCAACGAUCUCAACAGCAACCACAACAACAUCAUGCCAUCUACGACACAAGAACAGGUCAGAUAACCUCCGCCCUACAACUACAACAGGCACAACAGCAAUACAAUCUCGACCAUUUGGAGGCGCAAUUCCAACAGCAACAGAUCGAUAUGGAGGAGCAAAUAGCACGGCUGCAGCAACAACGAGCUGUCGAGGAAAUCUAUGGCGAAAGGGAUCUAUAUAUGGCCAAGAUGAUGCAGCGGGGCAAUUCCAGUGGUGGCUAUCCCACUCCCCAACAGCUAUUGCAGGCCGAGCGACGCACUCCCGAUGCCUAUGGGCGAUCGAAACAGCAGAGGAUGUUUGCCGCCGCUGCUGCAGCUGCUGCCGACUACGAGGAUAUCUACAAUAUGUCUCAAUUGGCGGCAGCUGGCGGUGCCAUACCAAUGUCCGCACAAGAGGCAUUGCUCCAAGAGGCGGCCAGCUAUCGUCGGCCACUCAGUCCGCCCAGCUAUGAUGGCAGUAAACAUUUGCCGGCCAUGCCUCAGCGCUAUACGCCCAAUCACUUGGAGACCUCGGCUGCCGAUCAACUAAUCAAUAAUUUGGAUUUGCGUGCUCGUACAGCGGCGGCCAUUGUGCGUCCGCACUCUGCCGACUUUCUGGAGUAUGAGGCUCGGGCCGAGGCCGCAGCAGCUGCGGCUGCUGCUGCAGCGGCUCACAAUAAUAAACAUGAGAAUGGACGUGCUCCGCGACCAAAGUCCAGUUUGGAUAUCAAUCGGACGCCGGAUAGCUUUUACUAUUCGGAGGCCAGCUAUGCGGACAAGAUGCGCAAGAGUGCACUCUAUCUGCAGAGUGGAGCUCAGCCGCAGCAGGCGGGCAAUUACCGCACAGCCGGCGGGGAUAUUGCCAGCGGUGUUCACACCAUUGGCUAUGAAAAUCCCUAUGAGAGGGCCUACAAACGGCAGGAGCUACUGGCCGAGGCACAGGCUCAGGGCAGUGCGGCCAGCAGCAUGCCGCGUAUGAGUCGUUCGGCUAGUCAGGGAAUCGCUGCUGGUCGUUCGGCCUCCACGCACGGACAUAUGCCGCAUGAGGUAGAGGAUUUGCCACCCCUAAAUGUGCAUCCGGGCUCCAUUUUCCCGCCCUCGAUGUCCACUCAGGAGAUUAUCAGUAAGAAUGAGCAGUUUUUGCGAUCGGCCAGUGCCCGCUUGCCGAAACGCAAUGGCGGCCUAGAUGAUGACUAUUCGGCCUCCAAUUCGGCCACAACCUCGCCUACAUCAGGAGCUCCAGUCUCGGCAUCGGCAUCGCCACAACAUGCCCAGGAUGGUGAACGCAAACGGGAGGAGUCCAUGAAGCGUUUACUCGAAUGGAAGCAGCGCAUGUUGCAGAGUCCAUUGACUCGCAAGGGCAUCCAACAAGGCGGCAGCAAUAUGUCGGCCAUGUCCAAGCUGGGCAGUAAUCCCAACAUACUCCUAGCAUCCACAGCUGUGGCCAGUGGGGCGCGUUAUGGCCCCCAAGCGGGUAAAACUGGUUUGGUCGGCAAUGGAAACGGCUCAGCCGCUGGGGCAGCCAGCGGCAUACAGAGAUCUCGAUCGGAUAGCCAGGCGAAUGUUGGACCCGGUGGAGUUGCAUAUAAUAACUACUCCUCGGAUGAUGAGGCUGGGCCUGUGGAUGAUAACUUGUAUAGUGCGACGGCAGGAAGGUCAACAAGAAAUGCAACAGCAACAACAACAACAACCACAACAACUACUACUCCUACUAGUACUAGUACACAGAGCACUGCAACAACAAUUGCAACAGCAACAACAAUAGCAACAACAAAAAUAUUAGCAAGCAACAAUAGCAAUAAUACAAAUUUAAAUUUAAGUUCACCCACAAAAUUUAAAGAGAGACCUCCAUUGAAACCCAUAUUGAAAGUGCAUGAGGGUCACAGAGUGCCUAUCAUUCAGGUGCAACCGAAACAGGCUCAUGAGAAACCUAAACUGAAACUGCAAUUGCCAUUAGUUGGUGGACAGGCGGAUGAGAAAUGUAAAGAUGAAGACAAAUUGCAGGAGCAGGAGCAGCAGCAGCAGCAGGAGGAGGGAGAGAAUGUUCCCAUUUUGCCAAAGAAAACAGCACCCAAAUCUCCACAGAAUGCCAAUUAUGUGCCCGUAUACAACAAUAAGCUGGUCAGCAGAAGCUCCAGUAGUACGGGUAACUAUGAGAACAUGGAAUUUGGCAAAGCAACUGCGAUGCAGCAGUCACAGGGGCAAACAAAGGCGGAGGAGAAACAGGAUAGCGCUGCGAUUAAUGAUGCCGAUGAGACGCCCAUGCUGAUGCAGCUAAAGCUUUUCAAAGAGCAGCAACAAAAGGAGACGUUGAAAGAGAUGGAAAAGGAGAAGGACCAACAUGCGGAAGAGGAUUUAACGCCAACGGCUGAAACCAAACCUGGUCUAGGAGAAGUUACAGAGCAAAAUGCAGAAGGGCCAAUGCAAGAACCGAAUGAAGUGAAUGCUGAUAAUGACGGGGAUAAUGAUAAUGAAGAUGAUGAUGAUGAUGAUGAAAGCACAGCUUGCGAAGAAUACACAGAUGAUGAUAUCGAUGAAGCUUUAGCUCAGGCUGAUGAUGAUGAUGACGAUGAAGAGAUUGAAUCUAAUAGCAAGGGAAAUGCCAAUUUUCCAAGUGACAAGGAAUUGCAUCAAAUCUAUGUAAACGAACCCAUUACACCCACCGAUCAGCAAUUCGAUGAGAGUCAUUAUCUGCCCAUGACACCCAAAAAAGUGGAAUUAGGUCAAUCGGGAACUUUAAGUUUAGUUGCCACCCAUGAGAGUUAUAACAAUGAGCAGCAGGUGGAAGAGGAAAAUCAUUAUGUAGAAAUGACCAAGGGUAUUAUGGAUGAGGAUAAUAAAAGUAAUUAUGAGAUCAUGUGCAUUGCCACAGUGGCUAAUAGCAUGAAACUGAUGACUACCAAAAUGGAACCCGUCUAUAUGGAAUUGUCUGGCGUGAAGGCAACAACAACAACAGCCGAAGAAGCCCACUGUUCCUCGGGUAGAUCAACCCUGAAAAAGGGCAAGAAACCCAAUCAUCCUGGUGGUGAGACUCUAAAGAAAAAGUCCAAGAAGAGGCAGGGAAAGGAUAUGCCUGAUAUACUUAAGCCAGCCAAAAGUGCCUUCGCCUUGGCCAGCGAUAGUUCCGAUGAUGCUGACGAUGAAAGCAGUAAACAGCAAUUGGAGGCCAAGAAAUUAAGAUCUCGUUCACGUUUCAGUUUAUCAGACACUUUCAGACCAGCUUCUUAUUACCUGGGAGCAUCGACCCCAUUGAAUAAUUAUGCUGAGAGUUCGGAUAGUGAGAUUUUGCCACCGCCACCGAUUCCCGAUUCACCGCCACCCAUGGAGGAGCUAAAGACCACCGAGGAGAUAUUCUCGUCAGAGCAUUAUGAUACAGUGAAGCGACGUGAUAGCAAGGUUAAUUUGUCCUACGAACAGCUGCCCAAGAUGCAUGCGAGCAACACAUCCUUAAAUUUGCAUGCCAAACACGAUGCCAGCUCUACCCAAUUGCAAAGCAGCCGUCUGUCCCUGCCGGAUCAUUUUGCCAAGGCUCGUGGCCCAGCCCAGUCUAGACCAUCGGGGAUAAGUUCGACAAUGACCACACCCACACAUAUGCUACAACAACAUCACGCACGCACCCUUUCCGACUCGAAUUACAGUGGCUGCCAGACGGAUAAUAGUUCAUCGCGUACGUCAUCGGAUUUGGAUAUCUAUCAGAGGCGUGGACAGUUGCGUCCAUCACCGGCGCGUUGUCCCAGCAAUAAUUCGUUGCCUUUGCGCUAUGUCGUCGGCGAUAGCAGUGAGAGCGAAUCUGUGGAAUUUCGUCAGCGUUCCGAUUCGGAGCUGGAACGCCAACGUUCUAGACGUCCUCUCUCCCAGGAAUCGAUUAGUGAAAUUGAAUCGUUGAGUGAGCAAUUCGAAGAGACUCUAAGCAGUCAGGAAUUGGACACAUAUCUGAGUCAUUUACAGGGCAGUGAUCUGUUGCCCUAUCAGCAUUCAGGUGGACAGGUGACACCGACUAGCCAUCUUCUGAACGAUUCCAAUGCCGCAGCUGGUGCGGAUAUACUAACAAAUUUGAUAAAGCCACCGAAAACAUUUCGCAAUGAUGAUGGCGGCGAUGGAGAACAGCAUUUCUAUGGGAAUAUACACUUUCUGUCGUCCACUGAUUCCAUUCAGCAAUUGGGUGAGAAAUCGGCUACAGCUGCAGCGCAAGCAGCAGCAGCAUCCGCCGCUUAUCUCACACCAUCGCAUAGUCGAAACAAUAGUAAUAUAUCCACGCAGUCUGCCCCGUAUUAUUAUUCUGAAUUGCCAGCACUUCCGCCACUCAAUAACCAGAGGGAUAUUCAUGCUCUGGGCCUUAAUAUUGCCCACAUACACAAUCCCAUCGAACGGCUGGAGCAUCAGUUCAAUAUGGAUGCAUUGGUGGACAAGGAUCAGGCCAUUGAUAGCAAGAAUCUGUAUACGGUCAAGGCCAACAUUGAAAAACUUAGCUAUAGUAGCAAUAAAAAUUUAAAAGCGGGUCAAGUGCAACAUAAAUUGAACAAUAUGCAGAUUGUCGAUGCCGUAUUGCCAGAGUUGCCAGAGAGCAGCAACGGAAACGGAAGCGGCAGCGGCAGUGGCAACGGCAGUGGCAACGGAAAUGGGCAUUCACUAAACCAAGCACAUUCAUUUCUCACAACUACUACUACUAAAAACACAAAUCUCGCCCGUAAACUGAUUGGUGGUAGUCGUUUGGAUGAACAUCAUCGUAAUGAUAGAGAUGUUGGUGAAGAUGAUAAUGUUCAUGAUGAUGAUGAUGAUAACGAUGUUGUUGUUGGUGGUGUUGGGACUGAAAGUGAUAAGAGAGAGGUGACAAGAGAGGCUAGACCGAGUGCCACAAGCAUUAAUACCAGUCAAAUUUCAGUUCUAGGUGGCGAACUGCUCUGGGAGGAGGACACACUAUGGCGCGAGAGUUUACGUCGUGUCUCACAGCGUCAUGCUCGCUCCCUCGAUGAUCUCGAUCGUAUCACAGCCCCGGCCCCAGUACACCAACCAAUCACCAGUACACCGAAAAUCAAACUCAGUCGUGAGGUGACCUAUGUUAAUGACAGCCUCAAGCCACAGCGUCCACAGGCGCAAUUAGAUCCAUCGGCCAUGGCCAUUAGCAAUGAGCAUGAUGUUUAUGUACAAUUACUUGCCAAUAGUUCGAAUCUAACAAUUGAUCACAAUGAACAACAAAUCGAUUCCGAUGUCUAUGAGGUGUUGCGCGAAGAGACUGCAUCGAAUUUGUCACACAAAUCGAAUGAAUUCGAUCGUGAGACCAUACGACAAUGGGAUGCCAUGUCAAGUGGCCUAAUGAAGUCAAAUCCCACUGUAGAAGCAUCCACAUCGGCGACUACUCCCAGUGGUUCAAGUGGUCCAGUGUUGCCCUUGACGAGCAAUGUGCGUUCCAUCAUUCAGCAAUUAAAUAAUCAAAAUAGUAAUGAUGAUGUCAAUGGUAAUCCCAUUGUUUCAGCUUCGAUUUCUGUGCAAAAUGUGAACAAUUUGCCCAAGGGCAAUCUCACUGUCAUACCGGAUCCCUCGGAUGCACAACAAGAGUCGGCAUUUGCUCCAUAUUAUGGCAGUUCGGUGGAGACAAAAUAUGCCAAGGCCACAAUUCUAACAGAUCGUGGCCAAUAUGGUCCAGGCGGUGGCAGGGGAACUGGCACCAUUGGUGCCACAUCUACACCGCAACAGCAGCAGCAGCAACAAUUUGUCAUUCGUCGUGCCGGAAGUCGUGCUGAAAUCGAUAUGCUUGAACGUGAAACUAGCUCUCAGAUAAGGAAUCGCCUACGCAGUGCCGAGGGUCUAACUCGUGCGGAAAGUAUACAGCGUUUGGAUUAUUUAAAGCAACAUUUGCUUGAUCUAGAGCGUCAGUAUGAGAAGAGCAAACCCUUGGUAAAUCUUGUCGAUAAUAUGGUAAAAUUGGGCUCUCUAUAUCGCAAUGAUGCCAAUGGUAGAGCUCAGCCAGCUACUUUAGAUCGCCUAGAGUUCAAUCAGCGUAUGCAAGAGCGUCAAAUGAUGCAGGAAGAGCAAAAACAAUGGGAACGUCUCAGUCCAAAUCAAUCAGAGCUUCAGGCCAAGGUUCAAGAGCUUUAUCAGCUGGAUCAAUUGUUGCAGGAGGAAUCUGGCACCUUGCAGAGCUUGCAACGUGAAAAAGAGGAUCUUGAACGUGCUCUUGGUGGUCUACGUGCACGCAUACAUGACAACAAUGCCACGCCCAUGGCCAUGGAGGCGGCCAAGAAGCAACAACACAUACUGGAACGUGAAUUGUCUCGCGUCCAUCAAUUGUUGGCCGAGAACUCAAAGAAACUAGAGCAAACGGUCGCUGGUAAUAGUCGCCUGGAGCAGGAGUUGUUGUUGCUGCGCCAGAAAGUGCAGUCAAGUCGAGCCACAGGCAAUGGAUUGAAUAACGAUGCUGCGCAUCUUAAUGGCAAUCAGACGGCUGCUGUCCUUCAAUCGGAAUUGGAACGAGUGCAAUCCCUGGUUGGCGAUAUGCAACGCCAAAGACAUGAACUGAGCUCCGCUGUCCGUCAGUUGACCGAGAAUUCGACACGUUUGUAUCAAGAGAUUGGCAAUAAGGAAAUGACUGCUGCCACCUCGAACGGCAGUCUGAAGAAGCGAAGCAAUUCCACCAGCUGGACAGAGACCGAUUUGGAUUUGAAUAUGCAGCACAGUGGCAGUCGCCAGCAUUUGAAUGAUUCGACUUUGAAUCUAUCGACGCCAUUAUAUGUGGACACGAACAGCUCGGCCAAGUUGAGUGACUAUAAUCGUUAUAAUGGUGGCAGUAGCGAUGCCCUGGAAAUGAGCGGUGUGGACAGUGAUGGUUUCUUGGAUAGCAAUCCGUUUGCCAAUCUGAGUAACUUGGAGAAACAGGAAAUUAAAACGGUGCGCAUUGUUAAGCGAGAAUCGGAGCGACGUCAUCGGGAUCGCAGUGAACGUGGUCUAAGCAGUUCCACACAGAAUUUGGAUCAGGUGCUAGAGGAAGAGCAAUAUGCUCAGCAGCAGCAACAGCAACAACAACAACUGUAUGCCCAGAGUUUGCAGGAACAAAUGACUAAUGGACAUCAUAGUCGUUCCAAGUCCUUGCCACGUAAUUACAGCGAACCACCUAAGCCCAGGCAUAGCCGGCAUAUGAAUGGUUCAAUUAAACAGAAUGGCCACAGUUCAUACAAUGGCAGCUACGACUAUGACAGGAACAGUAACUAUGAGCAUCAACCACCGCCACCGCCGGCCCCCCAAAGCAAUGGACAUCAUCAACAUCCGCAUCAGCAGCAGCAGCAACAGCAACGGGAACAUCUUAAUCCCCUGGCGAAUGCCUAUUUUGCCAAGCAACUGCAACAGCAAGCCAAUCCUUCCAGGGAUAGUGCCCGAGUGGCUUUACGCACCAAGACCGAAUCUCUGCAGAGCCUUAACAAGAGUUUGACUGACAUUAGUCCGGAGCCUGUGUUCCAGAGUGUGGCUGCACGGCAGAUUAUAAACGAAAUGUCUGCUGGUUCGGCAUCCGAAGAUACUGAAAAGAUUGUGGAGAAAGUGCCACCCCAGCACAAGCAUCGAAGGGCAGUUCCGCGGGAGAAACGUCGCCAUUACACGGCACCCAACAAUGUCAAUCAGAAGGCCAUGGAAAAGGUGCAGGCCGAGAAUGAUAUGAAUCGCAAUAAUACCAAUUGGAGGGCUCGCGAUGAUCUGGACAUGGAGGUGGCAUUGCGUCCCCGUAUGAAUGCUCCCGAUGUGGUGCGUUCGGCUCUGGGUCAGGGUGAAAAGAUAUCUGAAAAUACCAUUGAUAAUUUACUCUUGGCUCCAAAUAAAAUUGUUAUACCCGAGCGUUACAUACCAGAAACAACGCCAGAACUAUCGCCAGAAGAGAAGAAACGGCGUCAGGAGAAGGUUGAAUCGAUUAAGAAAAUGCUCUCCGAGGCACCCAUCAGCAGCAAUGAGAAUGAACAUCUGCCACCCAGCAAAUUAAAUGCAGAAAAGAAACAACGUGAACAUCUUCUGCAACUUAAUCAAAUUCUUGCCCAACAAGUCAUGCAAGUCAGCAAAAUUGUAGCCGGCAAUCCCACUAGUCACAACUAAUUGUUUAAUUAGUCUGUCAUGUUGUUUAUGUUCACCUUAAUUUUGUGUUUUCUUAAAGUUUUUUUUUUUUGUUAUAU